AUGUCAAGCUACGAGGACAGAGAUAAAUGCCAUUUCUACUACAAAAUAGGUGCCUGCCGCCAUGGCGAUCGCUGUUCGAAAAAGCACAUCCGCCCUACGAGUUCUGCUACGGUUCUGGUCCCCAAUAUGUACUGGAAGCCCAGCUCUGACGACUCUCAGACGUUACAGGCCGAUUUCGAUGCUUUCUUUGAAGACGUCUACAUGGAGGCAGCUCGUUUUGGCGAGCUGCAAACGAUGGUUGUGUGCGAAAACAAAAACGAUCAUCUGAACGGAAACGUGUAUCUAAAGUUUUCGCACCCCAAGGAAGCACACGCUGCCAAGGACAGCUUCAAUACAAGGUGGUACAACGAGCGGCCGUUGUACUGCGAGUUUUCGCACGUUACCGACUUCCGUGAAGCCGUUUGUCGAAAACACGACGUGCAGUCGUGUGAAAGAGGUGACGAGUGUAAUUUUAUGCACGUCCAGCGGCCCAGCCAGCAACUACUCCACGAACUUGAACAAGCCCAAUUCUGCCAAAAAAAGCAGCCCAAAUCGUGA